UCCCGGUUUUUUCCAGAAACUACCCUAUUCCUCCUCCGUACUCUCGCCGCCGCCUCCCUCCGACUCGCCGGCUGUCGCCGCUUUCCCCCGGCCGUCACGACGCGAGGUGAGUGUGAGAAUGGGUCGGAAGGCGGGUGCACUUUACAUAAACCCAAAGAAGUUCGGUGGUGUCGCCAAGCCUUGCAUGAUGGAGAUGGUUUCCUUCCUCAAUUGCCUGGCUUUGAACAAACAGAAUGAUGACAAGUGUGUCCGGCAGAAGGAUCUCUUGGUUGCUUGUGCUCAGGCUCAGAAAGGGAGGCCAAAGAAUGCAGCGAAGACUAUCAACUACCAUCUUCAGCGACUUGGGCGAGACAAGGGCUUAUAGUUCUAAUAUUAUGAAAUCGUUUGUUGAUCAUGCCUGUCGCCUUGUCUUCUUGAUGUCCGGAAGACGAUAUCUUCUAAGUAACUCUGAUGACAUG